UUCUUUACAAACAGAACUGUCUUUAUAAUUUUAUUUUUAUUAGAAUUACGUUUACCUGUACAUAAAUGUUUUAUUAUAGUUUCUCGUACAGCUAAAUAAUGUGUUAAUGCUGGUUUAUAUAUAACAAAUACACCAUUUAAUAAAUUCCAAACCACGCUCGCUUUACAUGAUAUAUGUUUGGCAGGUUAUGAUCUCAUGGUCAAUCAUAUAUAUUUAAUAUUUGAAUUGUUCGUCAGAUGUCGCUAGUUUAGAAAUCAUCUGUUCUUUAGGAGAAAUAUGAUUUUGAAGAGUAAUGCAUAUAUACUUCAGUUUUUAAUUACCGGGUCUAUUAAACAACUGGGAGCUUCUAUUAAUACUCGGUGGUUUGCCACGAUGUCCGAAUUACUUAAUAAAGUUCCUGACGUAGAUAUCGAUGCAAAUGGAAAGUUUAAAUACAUGUUACUUAAUAUUCAUGAUAAAACUAACGAUGCCUUCAAACCGGUCGUUAGAGGUUAUACUAAAGCAGAAUGGCAUGUUUCCGUCUCGUUUAAUCAGAAAGAUCGACCGAUCGAAGAAUCGACCGAUGGAAUGAUCGAUCACGAAUUCGACGAAAAAAAAAGAAAAAAGAAGGAAAACCAAAUCAACCGAGACAAUGUUUACGAAGAGACUACUGAACAAUUGAAACAAUAUCCUGAUCUCGAAGUGGAGAGCUUAGGUGGUGGAAGAAUAUUACAUGAUCCAGAAAAAAAGUCUAUCAAGGUUUAUGGUUAUUCGCAAGGAUACGGAAAAGCCGAUCAUCAGGUGACAGUCGAAUUGUUGAAAAAAAAAUAUACCGAUUAUGAUAUUACAUAUUCGGAUGAUGGUUAUUAAAAAGCAAAGGGGUAAAAAAGAAAAAAAGGAAAAGAAAAGAAAUUCAAUUGAAUCUUUUCAUUUCUACAUUAUUUGUUAAAUAUUUCAAUAAACGAAUUGACAAAAAAUA